UUUUCGCAGUCAUCAAAAAAGUGAAAAUUUCCAAUUCGAUUCUUCUUGCGUCGUUAGCGGAUUGGUUAUUAUUGGUCAGCCACGUUCGAGGUGACGAAUCAGAACCAGAAUCGGCAGUGUUCUGCGUACACUUCAAAUGUGAAAAAAAAAGUUGGGCGAAGGAAAAGUUCAGCAGUGGGAGGAUUGCGUGUCUCGUGCAAGGAAAGUUUUCAGGCCUGUUUUGUGGGCCGCUGCCGCAGUGAGAAGCAGCUGAGCAGGGCGGUACUGUGAGUGGCGGAGGAGGAAGAAAAGUGCAUGAUAUAGGAAAGGCUCUGGCGCAGUUUGAUAGAUAAUUGUGAGUAAUCGAAAAAACAACAAACGCGCAAUCGUCGAAUGCAUCAAAUCAGUGUUCAGCAACAAUAAAGUUCACUUCAGAGCGAAGAAAACCAGCAACCGAGCAGCACGCGUGUGAGGAAGACAUCAUCGACAGCCAUCGACGUCGGUGUGUGCGCUUGCUGCUGCAGCACAUAUAGCGGAGAAGCGCAGCCAGCAGCAGGUUUCUCUUCAUUAGGAAAACCACCUCUUGGCGGCAUUGCUGUGUCGUCCAUGUAGCGCGGCUUGGUCGUUGGCAUUAUUGCUCUUGCGGCUGAUGUGCUCAUCGCCGAAUUAUGACGUUCGUGGCAGCAUUUUGAUUCAGCAAAAACUCAAACAUCACACCAAAAGGAGUGCAAGCUGGCGGCGACUUGUGCAACGGCGACUGCAGCAUCAACAGCAACUACAACAAACUCACUCUACAUACCGUAAAAGGACUCAUCACAAACAUCAUCAUCAUCAUCAUCAUCUUCGGCGUUGUUAACGCCUAUCGCGCGCUCUUUUGCCACACCUCGCAGCAAAACGGAACAUAUUCAGCGCCUCAUACCAGUCUGCUGCCAUCAUUAUUCAUCAUUUGCCGGCUUCCGUCAUUUCAGCUCGCUUCCAGACCGGCGUACCACAAAGAUCUCGAUUCAGGCAAAACCGCGCCGGAACAGCAGACACCCACCCACCCACAUGCCUGCGCGAAACAAUAGCCAAAAAUAGAAGAUGCCAGAAUCUAUCUGCUAGAACCUGAAAGUAUUCGCGAACCGCUCACAUCCAUCCAACACCCGCCGUCAAGAAACAUCGGGGCGACAUUGUUUAUAGGCCGCAAACAUCCGUACAUGGGAACUAUUAAAAAAAGAAAAACGCUUGCAGAAAUUGAGAUAAAAGCGCAUCAAACAGUGGCGGAAAAGGGCCUACUCUAGCUACUUAUAAUAGUGUGUUCCGUACAGACUGUUCGCCGUUUGCCACCAUUAACCACUACUAGUUGCGAGUAACUAAAUCCACACCCACGCACUCACCCCAUAGUGCUCCCCAAGCCGGGUGGUGUCCGUUGAAUUCGUAUUAUCAACUGGUAUUAUUUAAUUCGUACUUCUUACUUUCCUUUUACGUGCAUCCCGUAUCGCUUUUUAGUUGUUUAGUUAAAUUGCUCUGCCUGUUAGGUGCUUAGCUACGUGUUUUAGGAUUCAGUAUUAUUUUUUCAUAUACAUUCUAAUUUUAAGUUAAAGAGAAAGAUGUUCUAUUUAUUAUUUAUGUAAUUGUUAUCGGUCUUUCAUGUUGGUACCUUUCGAAGACGAUCCUGCUGACUCAGCAGAUUGUCAAAUGCAAUAUAGUUUUGUAAGUUAAUUGUGCAAGAGAAAACGAGAAGAUAUCAUUUGUCACAAAGAAUUUUUGCGGUAUUCGUGUCAGUAUAUUUCCCCUAAAGUCAUAUUCGAUCCAGUUCGGAACAAAACUCGUGCGUGUGUACCCUCUUCUACCAUUCCCAUCGCUACAUCCAUUCAGAGGAGGGAAACGGAUCGCUCCAUCCCAUCCCACCUAGCUUUAAUGCUCCAUUGAAUCCCGGCCCGUGUGACCGUGCGUCCGUGUACUGUUGUGUACCACCUUCGCCUAAACUGUAGUAGCUAGUAGUAAUGACAUUGACGGUGUCGGAAUCGGACAGCAAUAAUCUGCGCACUAACCACCACCACCACCCUAGUCCCCAGCCCCAGGAUAUGACCGAAUCUCUACCAAGUUCUGAACUCUCCCUGCUAGCAAAACUGGAGGCCGCCAACAAGCUGAUCGAGAGUGACUCCAAGAGUCUGAACUCUCUGCAAAGUUCCGCCCACAGCCGGAAAAGCUCCGACACCAGCCAAAUUUCGCUGAACUCGGGCGCGUCCUCGGUGGGCGAGGAGGACAUCUGGUCGACAUGGGCGGGCAUUGUCGCCGACUGGGAAGCCGGCCAGAAGCGCAAAGCGCCCACCGUGCGAGAUCUGGUCCGGAAAGGUAUUCCGCACCACUUUCGGGCCAUCGUGUGGCAGUUGCUGUGCGGAGCCACCGAAACCGAUAAGAAGCAGUAUGCGGAGUACAUCAAGGCGACAAGCGCGUGCGAGAAGGUCAUACGGAGGGACAUUGCCCGGACCUAUCCGGAGCAUGACUUUUUCAAGGAGAAAGACGGCUUAGGGCAGGAGGCGCUGUUCAACGUGAUGAAGGCGUAUUCGCUGCACGACCGAGAGGUUGGCUAUUGUCAGGGGUCCGGAUUCAUCGUCGGGUUGUUGUUGAUGCAGAUGCCAGAAGAAGACGCUUUCUCCGUACUAGUGCAGAUCAUGCAGCAAUAUCGCAUGAGGGACAUGUUCAAACCAUCGAUGGCGGAGUUGGGUCUCUGUAUGUACCAACUGGAAAGCAUUGUUCAGGAACAAAUUCCAGAACUACAUCUGCACUUCCAGUCUCAGAGUUUCCAAACAUCAAUGUACGCUUCCAGCUGGUUCCUCACACUGUACACGACGGCGCUCAAUCUCACCCUCAGCUGUCGGAUAAUGGACGUGUUCCUGUCGGAGGGUAUGGAGUUCAUCUUUAAAGUGGCCAUCGCACUGCUACUGAUUGGCAAGGACACGCUACUGUCUUUGGACAUGGAAGCGAUGUUGAAGUACUUCCAAAAGGAACUGCCUCAAAAGGUGGAACAGGACAGCGACGGGCUGUUCAAUCUAGCAUUCCAGGUGAAAAUCAACACCAAGAAGAUGAAGAAAAUGGAGAAGGAGUACGCCGAUCUGCGGAAGAAGGAACAGGAAGAAAUGGUGGAACUAAGGAGAUUACGAAGCGAGAACCGACUGCUUAAGAAGCGCAACGAACUGCUGGAGGCGGAAAGUGCUGAACUGGCAGAUCGGCUCGUGCGAGGCCAGGUGUCCCGAGCCGAGGAGGAGGAAACCAGCUAUGCCAUCCAGUCCGAACUGUUGGCACUGCGACGAGUCCACCUGGAAGUUUCCCACCAGCUCGAGAAUGCCAACGAGGAAGUGCGAGCGCUCAGCCUGCGGCUUCAAGAGAAUAAUGCGGAUAACUCGUUAGAAUCUAACAACUCCCGGCAGAACUCCUUCGACGAACUGAUCAUGAAGGAGGAAGCCCUGAAGCAACGCGACGAAAUGGUAUCCUGCCUGCUGGAAGAGCUCGUCAAAGUGCGCCAGAGUCUAGCCGAAAGCGAAGAUGUGAUAAGAAACCUUAAGACUAAAAUCCAAGAAUUGGAAGAAGACAAAAAGCGCCUCCGAGAAACCACCAUCGACAACUCGGUAGCACAUUUGCAAGACGAACUGAUAGCCAGUAAACUACGGGAAGCUGAAGCUAGUCUAUCGCUGAAGGAUCUAAAGCAGCGAGUUCAAGAAUUAAGUACUCAGUGGCAGCGGCAGUUAUCGGAGCAACGGAAUGAAGCUGCCCAAAGCAGUGAAUCCGGCGCGAAGAAGCUACUGUUUUGGGAAUCCUCCCGAACGCAGGAUAUUCAGAAGCUAGAGGAGGAACUAAUGACGACUCGGAUUCGCGAGAUGGAAACGUUAACCGAGCUCAAGGAGCUGAGGUUAAAAGUAAUGGAGCUGGAAACGCAGGUGCAAGUUUCUACCAAUCAGCUACGCCGGCAGGAUGAAGAGUCGAAGAAGGUCAAGGAAGAGCUGGAGGAAGCGUUGACCCGGGAGCGGGAGUUGUCGAAUAAGGCCCGAGAACAGCAGCACCGGUACUCCGACCUGGAAUCUCGCAUGAAGGAUGAACUGAUGAAUGUGAAAAUCAAGUUCACCGAGCAAAGCCAGACGGUCGCUGAACUGAAGCAGGAGAUUUCUCGGCUGGAAACCAAGAACUCCGAGAUGCUAGCGGAAGGUGAGCUUCGAUCGAAUUUGGACGAGUCAGAUCGAGUUCGCGAUCUUCAGGACAAAGUCGCCGAGCUGAAAGCCGAGCUGACGGCGCUAAAGUGUCGUGGCACAAAUCUGAACAUGAUGCGCAUGAUCAAGAGCACCUCGAUCCAAUCGAUCGAUUCCACCAACGAGAUCGAUUUCAGCGAAAUGCAACUGCUACGGAAGGAUAUUAUUACCAGCAACAGUGCACUACAUCAGCAGCAGCAGCAGCAACAUAAUCAUCAACAAGCGUCACCGGUUGCCACUUGCACGUCACCAUCGUCGUCAUCUACGUGAAAUUUAGCGUUUAAGUCAGUAGCAGUAGUGAUAGUAGGAAAAAUCAUCGUCAAAACCAGUUUAGCAGCCAUGCUAAGGUCAUCGUCAAAUUGUACACCUACCGAGGAGCAUGACAGUGAUUUGAAAUAUUCGAAUCGCUGAAAUGUUCGACAUGUUCACGUGCACCCUGUUUUUUCAUAGGAACGCGAACGAUAGUUGUCGUGAGAUCACAUCGAGGAAGAAAAGUUGUACUAUUUGCUAAUAAAAAUUAGGAAAAGUUUUGUAUUAGUCAGAGAGAUAAAAAAACUAAAAUCUUAGGGAGUAUACCACGAAGGGAAGUUAACGAACAUAAGUACGAGUGAGUAAAUCUACAAACACCGACAGGCGCUGUUCUUAUGAGUUGUGAAUUGUGUAAUAUGUGUGUAGUUUUUCCGUUCACUUUUUUACACGUUUUCUGUUUAAGUUGUCUAUGAACGGGAGCUGAGAUAAUGCAAAGCUUCACUGGAAAGAACCGAAAUAUUAUUUACAUAUGAAUAUUAGCAUAGUAUACCGUACUGGACAGGGCAGGAAAUGAGCUAAAAGCGCGUAAAAAUUUCCGCAAUAACGUAUGUAAUCUGCAAUCAUAGACGACUAUUACUAUUAUUAUUGUUCUAAUAAUUAUAAAUUAUUAUUAUUUGUGUUUUCGUUUCGUGGUUUUAGUAAUUGUAUGUAUUUUUGUUUACGAAUGUUUUCGAGUAUAUUUAACUAAGCCAGAGCGCAAUUAAGAGCCAAUGAGAGUUUAACUGUCGUAUAUUGUUUGUUGAUAAAAAACUAUCCUAAAGGAUCGCGAAACUUGAUAGUAUUUUCUAUCAUUUUUUUGUGGAUAAGUUUUUCACUAUCGUACUAUUAACAUGUUUGUGUUUAGUCUAUAUUUAUUUCAUAUUCUAUUCUGUUCAUACGGCGUCUGCUUUUUUACCUUUUUUAUAAAAUCUUAAAAUAUUAUCUGUCGAGAAUCGUUUGCAGUUUCUGAAGCUAAAACUAAAGUAUUUUUUCUUUCAAAUGAGCAGUUGUUUGAAACGAAAAUAUUACAACAACUCCAUGAAAUGGAUGCAUGUCUGCCAUUUGAUGGAUUCGUUUUUAAAAUGGGAUUUAGGUAUUAGUUCUCGUAGAAAGAUGAAAAUAUAGUCCAACUUUUUUGGGAUAGUCAUGGUUCUGACUACAUUUUGAGGUACGUAGUCUCUGCCCUCCACAAAACCGCGUAUACCCCCAUCCAUGAAGAUUUAGGUUCAAUCAGGAAGGUCCUACAAACCGACUCAUAAAACUUUAUGUAGCUUAGCAUAGUGGUGCUAAAGUCCUGCAAUAUUCCUUUCUGACAGAUAGUUUUUUAGGAUUUUCUACAACUCGCAACACUACAUUUCCAUUUAUAGCAGAGAAAAGACGGUAUUAAAAGAUACAUUCUAGCCUAUAGCCUAACCCAGCCAAAAUAGUUUUUCUUUCUUCUAAAAUGGCAUUAAUGUUCCGAAUCUAUUUGAAACUUGAAAAUAACAAAAGACUUAGCCGUUCAAAAUUGUUCGAAUUUGGAAACAACUUAAUCAUUAAUUAUUAGCGCUAGUCUUGCGAUCUUACAGGUUCAAUCCGUGAGAAAACUAAUUCGUUAACAUUUUUGCAAAUCUCGUAGUGAAGGUUGGAAAAAUAGAAAUAUUAAAGGAAAGCAAGGAACCUAACCAUUACUCUACUACUUUUAUUACUAGGUAACAUAAUUGUAUGUGUGUGUCUGUAAUACGGUUUGAAACCAAGCGCUGGGUAAGAAAUGUGGCAAAUUUUAGUACACUUGUUGGAGAAGAGGAACGUUCAGUGAUAAAUAUAUUUGGAUUAACUUACAUACAUACUUUAGAAUAAAAUCAAAACACUUAUAAAACAUCCCUAAAUAGACACAUUCGCAUUUUUUGUGUGAUAUUUACGAACAUUAACACACACACGCGUGAUGUUCAAACACGGUGCCAAAACAUACGGUUUGAGUUUUGUCGUUUUGUGUGAAGAGUGUCAGCAGUUUAAAAUAAUGUAAAGCAAAAAUACACCUUUUCGAUUGUUCUUUCUUUCAAAAUCAUUGAUUUUUUCUAAUUUUUAUUUUUGCUUGUGCAAUGAUCAAAUAGAGAUACAGAUAACGCAUGGAGGAAGCGCAAAUUUGGUUCAACCGGAAACCGAGUGGUUUUAUCUGUGGCACACCAAAUUGGAAAAUCUCAAAAUACUCAUCAUAUGUGAAAUAACUUUCAAUACCCAAGUCAGCCCUCGUCAUUGUAUUUUCGUUUAUAUUUGAAAACGAACCAUUUUGGUUAGGACACGUUAGCACAAAGUUAAAUAAAGUUGACAAUUGAACGAAAACAAUGAUGAAAAACAUAAUCACAAACGAGAACCAAAAUAAUCCAUAUUAGCAUCGCAGUAGUUAAAGUAGAUGUACUUAAAUAUCAAAUCAGCAUAACCUAUAACCAAACACCCGAACACAUGGUGAACACAAACAAAAAAGAAACGUAACCAGAAGAACAUCAAACUCACAAUUAAGAAGAAAAAAAAUACACACAGGGUAACACAUACAGUUUUGUAUAUCAAAUAUACAGAAGAGACAUGGAUAACAGAGCGAGUGAAAUUUUAUUCAGCAUGCCCAUUCGAAACCGAAUAAUGAUGGAAAGAAAAUGUUUAAUGGACUUAUCUAAUUAAUUACAUCGGCGGCGAAGCAAACCAAUUGAAGUUCCACCAACACAUAAACGUAACAAUAAUGACGACAACAAAACAUGCAGACAUGGAUAUCGAAGCCGAAUGAGAAUAAAUACAAAUUUGAGACAG